CGAACGGGAAAGACACGGGAGAGGCGGAGGGGAGCCACGGACAAACCGGCAGAGGGACAGCUAGUCUCCAACCUGCGAUACACAGCCCAGUCACUUUUUGACGAAGAGAGGGAAGCUUUUUUUAAAAAGAUUUUCACCGAAAAGGAAGGGGCGGGGACAGUUAACUUUGACUAAUCUGGACUGCUUUGCUCAACAGGACACCCGCCUCAGAAAUCCCCGGUUUUGACCUGGAAUCUGCUGAGGCGCUUGGGCUCCAGUCUGAAGGAGCUUCUGCGCUUGCCCCCAAUCUUUGCCCAGUCUCCAUCUGCGCCAUCCACCAUGACCUCGGAGCUGGAGAGCAGUUUAACCUCCAUGGAUUGGCUGCCGCAGCUGACCAUGCGGGCCGCCAUCCAAAAGGCUGAUGCCCAGAGUGCCCAUGGCCCAGGCAUGGCUAAGAAGAGUGCCCUGCUGGACCCCAACACUACGCUGGACCAGGAGGAGGUACAACAGCACAAAGAUGGAAAGCCACCAUACAGCUACGCCAGCCUCAUCACGUUUGCCAUCAACAGCUCGCCAAAGAAGAAAAUGACCCUGAGCGAAAUCUACCAGUGGAUCUGUGAUAAUUUCCCCUACUACAGGGAGGCCGGCAGCGGCUGGAAGAAUUCUAUACGGCACAAUCUUUCAUUGAACAAGUGUUUUCUCAAAGUGCCUCGGUCCAAAGAUGACCCAGGAAAGGGUUCGUACUGGGCAAUCGAUACAAAUCCAAAGGAGGACACAUUGCCCACCCGGCCCAAGAAGAGGCCACGGUCUGGAGAACGGGCUUCCACACCCUACAGUCUGGAGUCUGAUUCCCUGGGAAUGGACUGCAUCAUCUCUGGAAGUGCCUCUCCAACAUUGGCAAUCAACACUGUGACUAACAAGGUGGCGUUAUACAACCCAGACCAAGAUGGGAGUGAUAGCCCUAGAAGCAGCCUUAACAACAGCCUGUCUGACCAGAGCCUGGCCUCAGUCAAUCUGAACAGUGUGGGAAGUGUGCACAGCUAUACCCCGGUAACAAGUCACCCAGAGCCGGUGUCCCAGUCUAUGAGCCUGCAGCAGGCCCCCCAGCCCCAGUACAGCAUCCCUGAGCGAGACAAGCAACUCCUCUUCUCUGACUUUGAAGAUCUCAGUGCCUCGUUCCGCAGCCUUUACAAGUCUGUAUUUGAGCAGUCUUUCAGCCAACAGGGUCUGAUGGGGAUGCCAUCGGAGUCUUCCCAGCAGAGCCACACCUCUUGCUCCUACCAGCACUCCCCGAGCAGCGCCAUCAGCACCCACCCACACACCAGUCAGAACAGCAUCACCAACUCGCACCCCAACAGCAUCCCUAACAGCGGUGCACAAGUGCCCCUGUCACACCCGUCUCACUCUGCCCACAGCUCUCCCCACACACAGCACCUCUCUCAGCAUGGACCACACACCCAUGCCCAACAUGGCCAGCACCCGCACUCAGCACACGCCCAACACCAGGCUCACUCUCAACACACCCAGCACUCCCAACACACUCAACACUCACAGCACUCACAGCAGCCCCAACAGCACCAGAAUCUCUCUCACCAGCCCCAUCCAGCCCAGCAACAGAUGCCCUGCACUACCGGUCUGCCCAGUGACUGGUAUCCCAACCUGGAUGCAUUGAAGGAAAGUUGUCGCAUUGCCAGCAGCUACAACUGGGCAGAUGUUGACCUCUCACCCUUUCAAGGAUUGAGAGAGAGCAUGAGGCAGGCCGAGCUGAAUAACUGGUCUCUGGAGCCGACUCAGAUUGUGGACCUCUGUUCCUCCAUCAACCAGUUCUUUGCCCGCACUGGAGUCAUUCAGCCACAAGGGGCAGUGCAGCCAUCAGUGUGCCAUGGCGCCAUGCAUCCCACCAAGCCCAGCCAGCACAUCAAUACAGGAAAUAUGUACAUGGACUCAAGACAGAGCAUGACCUCCAUGAUGGGUCCUCCAGGUUAUCCUCACAUGCCCCCCAUGAACAACACAGGCAACACCAUGACAGGCCAUCAUGCACAGAUGAAUCAGCAGCAUAUGAUGCCCACUGGAAACUUCCCCAUGCGCCGCAUGCCUGCUGACGAUAUCCAGGACGACUUUGACUGGGACUCCAUUGUCUAACCCCGUCCCUAUAUGAGAAAGGUGGUGCAGACAAAAUAAGAGAGUCGCUUGGAAGAAGAAAAGAGUGUGUAUGUGUGAGAGAGAGAGGGCUAGUCCCAAGAUAUCUGCAUGCCCCAAGGCGGGAAGCAGUUUGGAACAGGGCGCUUCAAAAAAGUGCAGGUGUCGUUAAUAUGAGCUGAAAGAGACUCUUGUUGUCCUGGUGUUUUAGGAAAUGAAAACAAAAACAAACAAAAAAGUUACUUUGAAGACAAUCACGUUUACUAGGAAAUGUUUAUGUGAUUGAUUUUGUACUUGUCCAAAGGACAAAGCUCAUGUUCAUGUUAAAUGUAAAGCCCCUUUUUCCAUCCCUUUCUCUGUGGCACCAGAAACUCUCUUCAGUCUCCUAACUCCCUUUCUGCAAGUCAACUAUUAGGCCAAGCUCUUCCCUGCCCUUAAACUUUGUGUGAUAUAUUUUGGGUCCCCCCACCCCCGCUGCAGGCCUAAGCAGCCUCUUAGCUCUCAUUCGUGAUACGAUAUCCCCUCUGAAAAUGCAGUCCACUUUUCAGACAGGAAACGUUCUCAGCUCACUCUGUCUGCACAGCGCCACAGGUUCUCUAGGUCUCUAUGAACUCUGGUGCACAUAUCACCUGAGCCUUUACUGUAACUUGUACAAACAUCGCCAAGCAUCCAAAUCAGAUCUCUAUGCUAGCGAAUGAUUAUCUGUUGUCUUUUUAAUGAUCGGUGUGUCUCAUAAGAUGUAUUUAAAGUUUAACUCCAUUACCUGCAGUAUUUGUACUUGUGUAUCUUUGUUGUCUGUGAUGCAUCAUACUCCUGUCACUGAUAUUUUUUGGCAGUGUGAAAUGGUGCAUCUGGAACUGACAAUGAUUCAGACCUCACUUUUUUAUUAAUCUCCUGUUUAUUUCUGUUUCACCAUCAUGUUCAUAUCUGCAUGUACAGUUGGUUUUCUUUGUUGGAUUCUUGCCAUUUCCUGUUGAGACUGUGCAGCUCUGGCUGGUCUUGUUUAAGGCCUAUUCCAGAUUUCAUGUAUUGUUUAGGAGAAAUGAUUGCUCUGAGAAAAAUGGCAGAGAUGCUUUAAAAGGCUGCAAAUAAAGCAGAGAGGGCCUGCUGCAUAGCUCAGCAACACAAAAGGGAUGGAAGUCAUAACAUUUGCUUCAUAAAGCAUGCUAGUCUUCUAGGUUUUAUACCCUCGGACAGUUAACUACUUGCUGUUUUGAUGCUCCAACAAGGACUUGUGUGAAGAGUACUGGUAAUAGGUUUUGGAGCAAGAAUGUUGGGAGAUAUGGUGUGAUGUUGAGGAGGACCUUGUUAAAAAGGACUUUGAUUUCCAUACAUGACUGCCAUAUAUGAGGAAGCCAUUUAUGACCCUGACAUAAGUCACUGAUGAAUUUUCACUAACUCCAUAGGUAGAAGUCAAAAAUAGCAAAUAUAUCAAAAGACUACACCCCUAACCAUUCUAGUUUAAGGUAUUCCAGUUUUGCCAUGAGCAAUUAGCAGGUUAAUUGUGCAGUACUGUUAAUUAGGGCUAUAGAUUAUGAUCAGUUAUUUCUACCAGUGAGCACAAAGUUGAUGGGCAAAGGUCGGGGGGGGGGGGGGAAGGUAAAAAUGGAUCUAGAAGCACAUUUGGGUUGUCAGUAUAAACUUCAGAACACCAAGCAGUUUGCUUAAAUCAGUGUCUACUGAGCAGCCAUGAAAAGAGUGAUUUGUAGAAGAAGCAUGACGCUGGUGCUUGAAAGUUUGUGAACCCUUUAGAAUUUUCUGUAUUUCUGCAUAAGUAUGACCUAAACCAGUGGUUUUCAAAGUGGGGUCCUCAACUAUUUGGUGUGAAAAAUAAAUAAAUACAUUAUUUAAAAAUUUAUAUAUAUAUAUGCGCAUUACUAUAACAUGUUAUUUGUAACAGUACAUAUUAAAAUCACAUUUGCUAUACCUAACUCCCUUUUGCAACAGCUACAUGUGUGAGUCUGGCUUUUCCACUUUAAAAAUACUUAAAACAAAACACAGAGCAAGUAUACAUGUGGACAGUGACAUGCGUAUGACACUGACAGACAUAAAGCCCAGGCUUGACAAACUGUGUUGGAGCCACCAAGCCCAUCCCUCCCUCUAGUAUGUUUUCUCUUUCUCACUCUCAGACAACCACACACACACACACACAAUCAAUUCCCAAUGUAAUGUAAAGAUGUAAUUAUUAAUAAAAAAGGGGAUAUAUUCAGAAGUCUGUAUUUUUAAUGUGUUUUAAAGACAUCUUGCAAAAGGGGGGCCUCGGUCAAAUGUUAAUGCCAUUUGGGGGGCCUUGCCCUGGAAAAGUUUGGGAACCCCUGACCUAAACAAUCAAAUCUUCACACAAGUCCCAAAAGUAGACACGGAGAACCCAAUUAAACAAGUGAGACAAAAAUAUUAUACUUGGACAUUUAUUUAUUGAGGAAAAUGAUCCAAUAUUACAUAUCUGUGAGUAAAAGUAUGUGAAGCUUUGUUUUCAGUAUCUGGUGUGACCCCCUUGUGCAGCAAUAACUGCAACUAAACGUUCGGGGUAACUGUUGAUCGGUCCUGCACAUCGACUUGGAGGAGUUUUAUCCCAUUCCUCAGUACAGAACAGCUUCAACUCUGGGAUGUUGGUGGGUUUCCUCGCAUGAACUGCUUGCUUCAGGUCCUUCCACAACAUUUCUAUUGGAUUAAGAUCAGGACUUUGACUUGGUCAUUCCAAAACAUUCACUUUAUUCUUCUUUAACCGUUCUCUGUAGAAUGACUCGUGUGUUUUGGGUUAUUGUCUUACUGCAUGACCCACUUUCUCUUGAUCAUUGACAGAUGUCCUGACAUUCUCCUUUAGAAUUCGCUGGUAUAAUUCAGAAUUCAUUGUUCCAUCGAUGAUGGAAAGCCUUCCUGGCACAGAUACAGCAAAACAUGAUACUGCCACCACCAUGUUUCACAGGUGGCAUAAGGUUCUUAUGCUGGGAUGCAGUGUUUUCCAUUUGUACACGAUCUGUCUGAAUGUGGAUUGGUGGAGUCCAAACUCUUUAGAGAUGGUUUUGUAACCUUUUCCAGCCUGAUGAGCAUCAACAACUCUUUUCAGAGGUCCUCAGAAAUCUCCUUUGUUUGUGCCAUGAUACACUUCCACAAACAUGUGUUGUGAAGAUCAGACUCUGAUAGAUCCCUGUUUUUAUUUUAAAUAAGACAGGGUGUUCACUCGCAUCUGAUCGUCAUCCCAUUGAUUGAAAACCCCUGACUCUAAUUUCACCUUCAAAUUAAACUGCUAAUCCUAGAGGUUCACAUACUUUUCCAUAGAUUUUAUGUAAUAUUGGAUCAUUUUCCUCAAUAAAUAAUUGACCAAGUAUAAUAUUUUGUCUCAUUUGGUAAAUUGGGUUUUGUUUGUCUACUUUUAGGAUUUAUGUGAAAAUCUGAUAAUGUUUUAGGUCAUAUUUAUGCAGAUAUAUAGAAAAUUCUAAAGGGUUUCAAUCACCACUGUAUGUUAGAAAAGUCACUGUUGUUGGUAUUAAUGGAACGGACCAGUGGGAUUAGUGUGUUACCUAGCCAUGUGAGUCUUCAACACCUCUGCUCUCUGAAUUUGACCCUGCCCAAGCUAACCUCUUAAUUCUUUUCUUUAUGAAAUUAUGAAAUUAAUUUUACUAUUAAUGAGUAUAUGAUUACACAUUAGUAUUUGAUAUUUUGACAAGUUAUCAUGAGUGUGAUCUGUAGACAAUCAUGUUUUGUAUUUCAGUAUUAAAGAAUCUACAGAUUAUUGUUCCUUUCACACCACUUACCAAUGCUGUAAUGCUGGAAUGACUUAAAAAGCCCUGUCUUUUACAUAUAUAUUAAAUUUAUCUAUAUAAAUCAAAUGGUAUUUGAGUCCUACAAAUACCACUAAAACGUUACCAAACAAACUCCAUGAUGCCCAGUACCACUCUGAGCUGCAAUAUUUUCAGAGCCAUCUGUGCUUUUAUGUAUGCAUGAGGCUGGUUAUACACUCAGAACUGCACCUGAAGAUGCCACUGCAAAGACCACACACUGUCACCACAAAUGCUCUUCUUUAAAGACCUAUUCUGUGUUACAGGAUUUUCAUGGCAAUGAAUGUACGCAUCCUGGUAAAAUACUGUCGGAAAGCUGUAAAGCCUGAACAUGCCACUAAAGAUUUACUGGCGGUGUGUCGGGUUUUCAGCGUGAAAGAGGGUUUAGUUAACAUUAAGUUAAUGUCACAUUAUUGUCUGUUGUUUUACAAAACGAUAUUGCAUACAAGUUUUAACGUAAUCUCUAAAGUAAUCUAAAUAACAAUAAAUCAUCCAGUACCAUUCAUUCAGAAUAUUGUUAGAGUUUGUUGUAUGAGUCAAGAGUGACUGCACAUUUCCCCCAGUGUUUUUAGACCAGCAUCCACUGUCCAUGUUUAUCAUUUUUCUUGUCUCAGCUUAUCUUGUCUUUUUAUAAGUUAGGUUAUAAGUUUUGUAACUGAGUGUUACCCCUCCCAUGACCCAUUUUUAUGAUGCCUAGAAAGUGUUUUUAACUGCUUACUAGUCAUUGCUUACAGUGCACUUUGAAAAUAAGCAGAUUUUGGAAGCACAACUGUUGUACAUAUAUCUAUUGUACAUGUUAGGAUAUGGACAUUUGACAGACCUUUGCCCUCGAAACAUUUUCAUCUGGCACCAUAUUUGAGUAUUUGUCUUGAUAUGCUGCCAAAACCAGACUUGGAAAUAUGCUAUAGGUAUUGUGAACUGGUAAAUGAGAUUGAAAGACAUGGAUAUAAUGUAUGGCAAAGGCUUGAAGCUACAUUUUAAAGGAAGCACGUGAUGGGUGUUCUUCGUAGUUGAGGUGAAAAGAAAGUGAGAACCGAGCUGACGGAGUGUAUGAAUACAACUAAUGUAGUAGUGCUCAAAAAUAGUUGCUCCCUUUGUGCGAGUGUUGUGUGAAAGGUGUGUAAAGAAAAAUUCUCUGUUUAGUAAACAAAUGGAAAUGCACCUGCCUGAGAGAUUAUUAUAAAAAGGGGACUGAAUGAGAAGCCUAGUUACACUUAAAGGAGAAAACUGCCAACAACAUAUGGUAUUUGAGGCCUAUUUUAGUAAUUGUUGGUAUGGUGUUGUGCUUGUUGUAAAUACAUGUCUUUUCAAUUGUCCUUUUUUUUGGCAGGGGGAGGGGGGGUGGGGGGUUGGGAUUGGGAUUGUUGGCUUCACCUGCAAAAGAAACAUGAGAAGCAUACAGAGUAUUUUGUUAUUGUCCAAUCCGAGGGUGAUACAAUAUGUGUAUAUAUCUCUAUAUUGUAUAUAUGUGCGUUGGCUUUUUGUGUGACACUACCUUUUACCUGUACUAUGGUUAAAAAUUGUGUUAAUGUUUAUGUAUUUUAAUCUUUGUUUUCUGUUUGCAUUGUCUGUCAUUUCUUGUAUUUUUUCUUUUUUUUCCCUUUGUUAUUGCACGGUUUAUUACUUUUGCUGUCCAACAAAAUGACACAGCUACUCCUUGUAUUGGUUUAGUGCUGUAACAUAACUCCGUGUAAAGUGUCAUUAGGAUCGUCAGUACAACCCCCCUGCCCCCAGAUAUGCAUGAAUGGAAUUUAAAGAAAUAAAAUGUUAACUUCACUGUGGAAUUGUUUGCUUGUGAGGGUUUUUUUUUAAUCUUGCUACAAGUAUCAAGUACAAGAAAUGUUUCUCAUGCACAUAUUGAUCCCACUUAAAAAUUCAUUGUAGUGUGUGCUGUGUUUAAAAGCUUUAUCUGAUCACAUUCUCAUUCAAAGGCCAUUCAAAUGAGCUCCCAGGAACUUUGUCUCUUGCAUGAGCCAUCACUUUUGUAGAUGUCCUGUUUAUCAAAAUCAUAAGCAUUGAUAUGUUCUGGCUAACAGUCCAUCAUGGGUGUGCAGUAGGGCUGAGCAAGGUGACAAAAUAAUGUUGAUAUUGUGAUGGAUAAUGUUACAGUACAUUUUGUUUUAUUUAUUGUGGAUAUGGUCAUUUUUUAUUAAUUUUUUUUUUAAUACUUGUUUGGGUUUUUUUUUUUUUUUUUUGAAUUACAUAAUGUUUGGAAACAGAUGCUAACAUUU